AUGAAAUUAUCUGGUAAAUCAAGUUCAGAUAAUUAUCAAAUCAAUGAAUUAAUUUUAUCCGAUGUUAAACUUCUUAGUGAACUUAUUACAUUAUGUACAACAAUUAAAGGUCUACAAGCAUUAAUAUCGGUUAUUCUUCAUUUAUUAUUAUCAACUAGUUAUGUUCUUCCUUGUACAAAAAUUGAUGAUCAAAAACAAUUAUUAUUAGCAAUUAUUCAAUUUAUUGAAAAUAUUUUUUCGACAAAUAUUGAUAAGAAUAUUUUACAUUUUACAAUGAUUAUAAUUAUUAAUUUACGAACAAAUUUGAUAAAUAAAGGUAUAUCUGAUCAUGGACAUUUUGUUCAAUGUCUUACAUCAUUAAUUAUCAAUUCAACACCGAUUAAUUUAACCGAUCAAUGUCUAGAUUUCUAUUGA